UAAUGGUUACUUGCCCAGAAUUUAGAUUCUCUCUCUCUCUUGUCAAUAAGGAGACACAAACAUCACAAUAGCUGUAAAUUACAGCCUGCUGCUUUUUCUCCUACACUGUCUAUUGUCCCCAUCAAUUUUCCAGUACUACUAUUCAAACUCAAGUUGAUGAAGUUGUGAAACAGAAAAUUAAAAAGGGGGUCCAUUUUUCCUUUUUCUUUUCACUUUCUACAUGAUUUACAAGAACUCUCUGAAGUAUUAAAAAGUGUGUGUGUUUUUUGUGCUGGUAUAAAAAGAGGGAGCAACAAAUAAUAGUAAUAUGCAGCAGCACCUGAUGCAGAUGCAGCCAAUGAUGGCAGCUUAUUAUCCAAAUAACGUCACUACUGAUCAUAUCCAACAGUUCUUGGAUGAGAACAAAUCACUGAUUCUGAAGAUUGUUGAGAGCCAGAACUCUGGGAAACUAAGUGAAUGUGCAGAGUCUCAAGCCAAACUUCAGAGAAAUCUUAUGUACCUAGCAGCUAUUGCUGAUUCACAGCCCCAGCCUCCUAACAUGCAUUCUCAGUUAGCUUCUGGUGGGAUGAUGCAGGCGGGGCAACAUUACCUGCAACAACAACAAGCCCAGCAACUAACAACACAAUCGUUUAUGGCUGCAGCAAGAUCCUCCUCCUCCUCAAUGCUCUACGGACAACAACAACAACAGUCAUUAUCAGCAUUGCAACAACAACAAGCCUAUCAUAACCAACUCGGAAGUAGUAGCGGAUUUCACAUGCUGCAAAAUGAUCAUACUCAUAAUUCCAGUACUUCACUUGGUUUCCCCGACUUUGGCAGAGGUGGAAAUAAGCAAGACAUUGGAACUUCUCUGUCUGAUCAAGGACGAGGCGGGAGCUCAAGUAGCCGUGGUGGCGAAAAUCUUUAUUUGAAAGCUGCUGAUGAUGGAAAUUAAGUCUAAGGUAAGUUAAGAAUAUAAGGUUUUGUUAUCAGUGAACUUUAGAACCACGUUUAGCUAGGGGAGAAGAUAGAAGAGUGCUGAAGAACUUUUGCUAAGUAAUUAGUGGGAUUUGUAAUCUGUUGUGUAACACAAUGGCUCUUCUUCUACUUUUGGACUUUUUGGUCAGUUUCUCGAAUGUUUGAAACGCUCCACCUUCUGAAUAUCAUGUAAAAUUGUUAGGUCGUUUUGGUUUGCA